AUGAUCAAAUUUACUAGAGCCUUCAGAACUUUCGCACCAGUAUCGUCGAAGUCUGUUUCUAACCGAAUCAUCAUCCCGCCAGUUACACAGGUUAACUAUGGACAGCCCAGCCUUAAGGCGUUGCAAAGCGAAUACAAGCAACUACCGGAUAACUCCAAUUUUAUAGAGAAGUACUAUAACGAGCUUCAAACGUUCCGCGAUGAGUUUCUAGUGCCUCAUUUGAACAAACAGUACACGGAUUUCGAAGAGAAUCCCGAUGACUUGGUGUUUGAGAUUGAAAAGUACAUUGAGUGUCAGGUAAUUCCCAAACACUCCGUCUACACACAGAAAUCGGACCUGAUGGCGCACGGAGAACAGUUGCCAAUGGUGUAUUGUGACACUGUGGGGGACAAGAUGAUUAUCGAGAGGUUUUUAGACUUCUGUAGAGGUGUCAGACACACACUACGCUUGAACGGGGGACACAGUGUGAUCUUUGAUAUUAUGUUGCAGAGCAACUCUGUGUUUGAGGAUUUCGAGCGUAGAAGGGCAUCCUCGUAG